CCCAUGGCAUACGUAUGCAAGUCUCAAGGAUCUAGAUACUUCCAGCGGCAUACUGGGGGAGGCACUGGCAGUCACCCGAUGAGAUGCAGUCAUCGAACACGUACGUUCUUCAGGGACGAGUUUCUCUUUCCGGGCCAUAUUACUUCCCACGUUCUGCUUGGCUCUUCCUCACGUGCAGACUGGCAAGUUCGCAUAGAAACCAAGGAAAAUGUAAGAUACGAUUAUUCGACAGCCUGUGCGCCCGGUUGGAACAUAUCGCACUAUGCAUAUUGGACGAGUGCAACGGAAGCACCAGCGACGUGCUGCUAGCCAUACAGUCUACAAAUUUAUUCACUUGCUGACAUGUGGAAUGACUGAGGAUGAGCUAGAGAAAGAUUUGGUUCUAGGAGAGUUCAAUGAAUUGUGCUAUUGUAUUCUUAGAAUAGCUCCUUCUAAGAUGUUAGUCGUUCUCGUAAUCAAUAAGAACUAUU